UUCCUCGCCGCUGAUUGGCUGGCGGCGGCGGCGGCCCGUAGCGGUGGCUCCCUUCCCGCUUUCCCCCGCCGCUCCCGGCCGCGCCGCCAGCCGCCAAGAUGGCGUCGGCCCUGGAGCAGUUCGUCAACAGCGUCCGGCAGCUCUCGGCUCAAGGGCAAAUGACCCAGCUUUGUGAACUGAUCAAUAAAAGUGGAGAACUGCUAGCAAAAAAUCUUUCCCAUCUGGAUACAGUGCUUGGUGCCCUGGAUGUGCAGGAACACUCAUUAGGCGUUCUUGCUGUCUUGUUUGUGAAGUUUUCUAUGCCCAGCAUCCCUGACUUCGAAACGUUAUUCUCACAGGUGCAGCUUUUUAUCAGCACUUGUAAUGGGGAACACAUUAGAUAUGCAACAGACACUUUUGCUGGCCUGUGCCACCAGUUAACAAAUGCCCUUGUGGAGAGAAAACAGCCCCUGCGAGGAAUUAGCAUUCUCAGACAAGCCAUAGACAAGAUGCAGAUGAACACAAACCAGCUGACCUCAAUACACGCAGAUCUCUGCCAGCUCUGUUUGUUAGCAAAAUGCUUUAAACCUGCCCUCCCGUAUCUAGAUGUGGACAUGAUGGAUAUUUGUAAAGAGAAUGGGGCAUAUGAUGCGAAGCACUUUUUAUGUUACUACUACUAUGGUGGGAUGAUAUACACUGGGCUAAAGAACUUUGAAAGAGCACUCUACUUUUAUGAACAGGCAAUAACUACUCCAGCCAUGGCAGUCAGUCAUAUUAUGUUGGAAUCAUAUAAAAAGUAUAUUCUAGUUUCUUUGAUACUACUUGGCAAAGUUCAGCAGCUACCAAAAUACACUUCCCAGAUAGUUGGUAGAUUCAUUAAGCCCCUUAGCAAUGCUUACCAUGAAUUAGCGCAAGUUUAUUCAACCAAUAAACCCUCGGAGCUUCGAAAUCUGGUGAACAAACACAGUGAAACAUUCACAAGGGAUAACAAUAUGGGGCUGGUUAAGCAAUGCUUGUCAUCUCUCUACAAAAAGAAUAUUCAGAGGCUAACCAAGACAUUUUUAACAUUGUCAUUACAAGACAUGGCAAGUCGAGUGCAGUUGUCAGGGCCCCAAGAAGCAGAAAAAUACGUCCUCCACAUGAUAGAAGAUGGUGAAAUCUUUGCAAGUAUUAAUCAGAAAGAUGGUAUGGUCUGUUUCCAUGAUAAUCCUGAAAAAUACAACAAUCCAGCUAUGCUUCAUAACAUUGAUCAGGAGAUGCUGAAAUGUAUAGAGCUUGAUGAACGACUGAAAGCCAUGGAUCAAGAGAUCACUGUGAACCCUCAGUUUGUGCAGAAGAGUAUGGGCUCUCAAGAAGAUGACUCAGGGACCAAACCAUCCAGUUAUUCCUGAAAUUCAUGUUGCUCACCACUCCGCUUUCAAGUAAAAGCUUAUGAAAGAAUCACGCCUGGAAUAGGGCAUUGAGGAGUUCCACGAAGAGAGCAGAGAGAACUGAGCUUUGCUUUUCACCUGGACUUAAGAAAAUAAAAGAACACCCUCUCAGUACUGUACAAUAUCAGAAAUACUCUCUGCAAAGAAAAAGGAAAUCUCAAAAGAAACUUAAAAGUCUGUUGUGGAUUUAUUUAUCUUCAGAUUAACAUCGUUAAUGCAUUAAAUAAUCUACCUUUUGUUUUAAAGGGUUUGAAUGUUGCUGUGUUUCUGUAGCAGUCCUUUUUUUCUCUUCUGAAAAAAAAAAGAGUUAUUCAGGGAAGAAUACAACUAGUGUUGGUUCACUUACAAGAUAAUUACUGGUUCAUUAUUCUGUAUUUAAAGUUGGCUCAAAGUGCAGAUUUAUCAUAUGUAUGGGGGGGGGGGGAGUUUAAGUAAAUUAUCUACAUUAUAAUUUGCAUAUGCCCGGUGUAGCUGGCUGCUGUCUAUUAAAUGAAAUAAGAACCGUGUUCUUCCCAAAAGGACGAGCAUUUUAAUGAGCAUUUUAAGGUAGUUUUGCUGAAAAGCAGAAAUCCAUACGUGACAGCUAUUUAUGAUUUUAAAUUUCUGGUACAAAAUAUCUCCUAAUAACAUUUGCUCUUAGAUCAAACUUAUUAGACCUAAACAAAAGGAUAUUUGAAAGAUCUUGGUGUUCUAGAGGAUUCUAGAUAUGAAGUUGUUCACACCAAAAGAAAUUUAAAUCUUUGUUCCUAUACAAAAGCUAUUCAACAGGCGAAUACUUUUCUGUUGUGGAAGUAAGUGAAGGCCAUGCUAUAGAUCUUUGUUUCCAGAGAAGAUAAUUUGACAUGGAACAUAGAAUUCUAUACAGCUCUCAAAAUGCAGGAUUUUAUUUGGAGAUAAUGUGCUGGAAUGCCUCCUGGUUUUUAAUUCACUAUUUUAAACAUAAAAAACUUUGUUGUUGGCUUCUUUAAGUGCUUCACCCCUUAAAUCAAUAGGGUUUUUAAUUUUCUGUAGCUCUCAUGUAUCUGAAGAUUCUCACUGUUAAAACACCUUUGAAACACUUUUGUGUCGGUGCAAAUCUCCUACUAUCAGGCAUAAAUAAAACCUGUCACCAAGUCAGAAUGCAAGAAUGCUUAAACGCCUGCCCGGGAGCUGCUUGCUGCUGCUAACCUGCCGGCUUUUGUUCAGGAGCCCAAGCGGGAGCUGAGCGUUUCUGGCUCUUGCCCUGGGAAGCUUCUGUGUAUCCAGGUCACCCGUAGUUGAAAAUACUCCGUUUGUGCUUCCAGUACUGACACGGAGCUCUUGGGGUUUUCAUUUAAAGCUGGUGUCUUAAUUCUAGCAGAGCCUCUGUGGCAGUGGUGUGCUUUCUAGUCGAAGGGAAAUGCCCCCAGGUUGUUCUCUAGGCGUGGUGAAUGACGUUUUUAAACGUAUAAAAUAGCAGUUUAGUAUUGAGCAGAGCAUAGGUCCAUAGUGGUAGUAGCUCACCAUUAAGUACUUGUGCUUCCUAUCAUAGAGACUUCCAUAUUCGAAGGCAACUUUUACACCUGAUCUUAAAGCAAAAUCUUGGGUUUUUUUUUUUUUCAUAACUUGCCUUACCGGUCUUGCAAUUAAAGAUAUUUAUGAUUUUGAAAGUUUGUUUUUUUUUUUUUUUUUUUUUCUCCAAGUUAAUCCUGCAGUGAUUUCAAUGCUGAACAUGCUUAUGCAAUUUUCUCCUCUGGUACUGUGGGAGUGUUAAAUUAGUAUAUUAGUAAUGCGGUGGGCUCAAGCACAAGGCUGAGUUGUCGAAGUGUUUACAGCAGUGCGCGGCAGUCAUAGAAAGGACUGCAAACGACUAACCCCGGCCUGCCACUGAGCCAAAAAUGUGGAUGGCUUGCCACUCGUUGCCAAGGGCUUACUUGCAGGGGGGGGAGAAUGUAUACAGGAUGCUUUCAUGAAGUUGGAGAAGAACCAUAAACCUCCACUUUGCAGUGGCUGAGCUUUUCUACCACCUAGUUCCUCUUAGUGAGCGUGGAUUUACCUGCUGAGAGCUGCAGGAUGGCUUUCUGCCUGUGGAAUUGGCAACAAACUAAUACAUGCAGCUGGCAAACAGCAGCUAUGUUAUCUUUUUUGCCUAAAGUAGAUAAAAUAAAUCCAUGCUCACAUCAAAAGAAUGGUAGAAAUAGCUAUGUAAUAGUUUCAAAUGAUAUAUUACGCUUGCUCUUAAUCUGAUUUUUAAGAGGGCAAAUGCUUUUAAGGUUAGAGAACUGCUAAGGUUCCUUUCUCACGUGGAUAGUUGUGCUGUUCAGCUGUGAUUGCUGUUGAAAAUUCAAAGUCGGGUCCCACCUGUAGAAUCAGUAGAGAUAAAGCAUUCACCAAAAGUGCUUCGGGGAAGGGCUUUUAAGUAAUAAGUUUGAUAAACACAUACGGUCUGGCGUCUGCAUGUCUUGAGAUACUGUUGAAAUUAAGUCAGAUUUUUAAUGAAGUAGCUCCUUCAAGUCUUGGAACUAUAACUGCAUGGGCUGUGGUCAGCUGAGACGCUUUGAGCACACUUGAGCUUUCUGGUUUUAAUUUGUAUUUAUUGCAGGGAAGGACUUUUGAUCAAUUAUGAGAACACUGUGUGCUAUGCUCCUCUGAACUUAAAGAGUCUCAGAGGUCCUGUGGCUUGUUCUUCCCGUCAAGCAUGGCCACAAGAUGUGUUCACGAAAUACCGACUGCAUGCUUUGAUCUCUAACUCCUAAUUUCAUGCAUCUGAAUUGCCAAGGUCUAAAAUGCAGUUCCGAGGGUAGCACUAGACUUGCAGCUACACUUCUUAGCCACAGGAGGGGUCUCCAGUUAUGCUUAGCAGGUAAUGAAACGGUUUGAAGAAGACAUAGUUAGAAGCUGUUUGUGUUCAACCACCUCUCCUGGUUUUGUGCCACCGAGGAGCCCCCGUUAGCCACCUCUGCAAACACUCCUGUAGCACCGCUCUUGCCUAGCUCCAGCCGCCUCCUUCCAUACAACUUCCUUUCUCUGUUCUACAGCACCACCGCCACCCGUUGUAUGUGUUGUCGUAGGCGAUCUGUAUAAUCUAGGAAAUGUUUUCUGCAUGGCCAAACUGGCUGAGGAGGUUAGCCCUGAGAAGUUGUUUAAAUGUACUAUUGGAAAAUAAAGAUAACAAACGAGU